CUUGUAAGAACUGAAGGGUGAAGAGGUUGAUCCAUCACGUUUAGAAAAGAAUUCAUCAAAUAUCGUAGCACCAGACCCCAAAUGUACCAGCAUCAAGGGAAGAACAUGAACCCGAGUUCCAGAAUGGGGAUUCAUAAUGAGAGGCAUCUGUUCCUUCAAGGUGGCCAUGGAGAUUCCGGCCUUGUACUUUCGACUGAUGCCAAACCAAGAUUGAAGUGGACGCCUGAUCUUCACGAGCGAUUCAUCGAAGCCGUUAACCAGCUUGGAGGAGCCGACAAGGCCACACCCAAAACAGUGAUGAAACUAAUGGGAAUUCCAGGCCUUACCCUAUACCAUCUCAAAAGUCAUCUUCAGAAAUACAGGCUUAGUAAAAAUCUCAACGGACAAACUAAUAAUGGCUACAACAAAUUAGGGGCGGUUACAAUGGCGGGCGAAAGAAUAUAUGAAGUAGACAGCUCCCCCAUGAAUAACUUAAGCAUUGGAGCUCAGGCUAACAAAGGAAUUCAAAUAGGGGAAGCACUGCAAAUGCAAAUCGAAGUGCAGAGAAGGUUGCAUGAGCAACUCGAGGUACAGCGACAUUUACAGCUCCGUAUCGAGGCGCAAGGGAAAUACUUACAGUCGGUGCUGGAGAAAGCUCAAGAGACUCUCCAUAGACAGAAUUUGGGCACCGUGGGGCUGGAGGCGGCCAAAGUUCAGCUUUCGGAACUGGUUUCGAAAGUGUCUAACCAAUGCCUGAACUCGGCCUUCUCUGAUUUGAAAGAAUUACAAGGUCUAUACCGUCAAUCGACACAACCGAAUCCUGCCAACGAUUGCUCGAUGGAUAGUUGCUUGACAUCCUGUGAAGGGUCACUAAAAGAUCAAGAACUACACAACAACAAUGGAACGUGUUUAAGAAGUUACAGUAACUCACAAUAUCCAUUGAUGCAGCCGAAAUCAUCGGAAAACAAUGAGUUUUUUGCAGACAGGAACUGCAGUGAUUUAUCGAUGAGUGUGGGAUUACGAGGAAGCUUUUCCGAGCGAAAAUUCGGAAGAAAUGAAGAACAUCGUUUCAUAGAUGACGGAAACAAAAGGCUGGAUUCGGUUAAUCGAUUGCCUUACAUUUCAACAAAGCUGGACUUAAAUGUUGACGAACAACACGACAACCUUGGAUCUUCAAGUUGCAAACAGUUGGAUCUCAAUGGUCUUAGUUGGAGCUGAAGAUUGGUCUUCAAGAUUUCAUAAUAUAAUCUUAUUUAUGAUUC